AUGUUUCGGGGCUCGACACCGCAUCCCUUCCGGAUGCACAUGCACAUGCUCGAACAAGUUGUACUUAUCACCGGCCGCUUAUGGGUGUCUGAAACGGAUCUGGAAGUAAUAGAAGCGACCGGUCGCAGUCCCGCAGAAGACUCUGGCCUCGGAUUGGCAUCGACGAUGCCGGACAUUCGCAAUCGCCCGCCCGCGCCGCUACCGUACCGGCCGAUGUCGGCAGGACCGAUCCUACACCAUCACGCCUCGUCCCGUCACUUGAACGCAUCGUUGGCCGACAUUCCGCAUAAUCCUCUCACGGUAACGCCCAACCGGCUGAACUUUGCCGGCGGCCCGUCGGCGGCCCUCGGUGGCCUGCAUCAUCUGAACCGCCACAAAAUAUCCUCCUCGUCUAGCGACGUCGUUAAACAGUUGAAGAAUAAGGACUACAAUGAUCCUACACGACCCAGGAGAGGAAGCGAGACUCAGCUAUCUAGGGCAGAUUACGACUCGGAUCAGGGAAGCUACUUAGAUGGAAUACGAUCACAUUUAGGUGGUUUAACGCAACGAGUCAAAUCUUGGUACUGGGGAAGACCUCUCGAAUUGUCGAUAAAGUUGUCUAGAAGUUUUGAUUUGAAUGAUGAGGACGGAGCAGGCGCAGGAACACUGUUAGGAACCGAUCCGGGUGUCAGACGGCAUCAGUCAAUGCAACGGCUGCCUUUGGACCAGAACGGAUCGUCGCUGGAACAGAAUCAAGAUCAACCACCACAUAUAGUACCUGAUCAUAGAGGAAAUCUUCAUAUAACCGUUAAAAAAUCGAAGCCAAUCCUCGGCAUCGCCAUCGAGGGCGGCGCAAAUACGAAACAUCCGCUGCCACGCAUCAUCAACAUCCACGAACAUGGAGCAGCGUACGAUGCCGGUGGACUGGAGGUAGGCCAGCUGAUCCUGGAGGUCGACGGGAAUAAGGUGGAGGGAAUGCAUCAUCAGGACGUCGCUCGACUGAUAGCGGAGUGUUUUGCGGCGCGCGACAAGAACGACAUCACCUUUCUAGUAGUGGAAGCAAAGAAAUCAAACCUAGAGCCGAAACCAACAGCAUUAAUAUUUUUAGAAGCAUAGCAUUUGCUUUCCCUGCCGGCUAGCGAUCCGGAUAAUUCUGAAGUACCAGAAAAAGGGAUCGACCUUACCGCUGAUAAGCUGAAGUGAAGACGAUCUCGCAUAUCGUACGUUUUCGUUUCUUCCGUUUCCAAAAUUGGAUUGUCUCCUUUUUGAAACGUCCGUUUUUUCACAACCACCACCAAUCAUCACCACCAAUACCAACGCCUGCUUCCACCUGCACGCUGUUCUGCAAGGCUUUGACACUCCCUUUGUCACGCUUGCCCAAGGCGCUUGUUCUAUUUUAUUCCGUUUGACAGCAGCUAUAAAGCUAUAAAGUGGACGCUGGGUCUACUAAGCUUCCCCGUACGGUCAUAAUUUUACUAUGCUUUUUUAUUCAUUAUUGUACUAUUUUAUUUACAUCAUUUUGAAGAACCCGCACUGAGCUUUAAGACAAAUCAGACGACCCACCAAGUCCACGCACUGAAAUGGUCCGUUUCACUCAGCUCCACCCAACUCCUCUGUCAGGGAUACUUGCAGUAGUUCAGCUUCAGUUUCGUUCACCACUAUCUGUUUCUUUGCUACACAAAACCUGUAGAGUUUGUUAUCCUGCUUAGGUUACAACAGUUCACUGCCAGUUACAAUUAUAGAUGCGAUUUGUUUGCCCGCUAUCGCAAAACCCUCAAAGCAAUUUCUACGCUAGACUAACCCGAACUGACUAAUGUUACGCUCGCAUGAUAAGAUAUGGUCCCCGUUCUCGUUUAGGGUUGUAUGUUAUUUUUUUAUGUUUAUUGGAUUGCAAAAUAUCUUGCUGCUAAUAUGUUUUAGUUUUGUUUGCAUAGCGACUCUAGCGCACCUCUGAACGCUUCAUCCUUUCUUUUCUCUUUUCUCUGCUGCCCCUCAGUGAAACCUUCUGCUCGCAUUUACUAGCGAAACACGAAAAAUCAAAAGCACUCACACUCACAUAUAUGCACACUAAUGCAUCGAACAAUGAUAAAAGGAGAUUCUAAUCAGCAAGGGAAAGGAGAAAGAGAAACAACGUUCUUUAUUCGCGGUAAUUCAGAGAUAUUCUAGCCGUCAGGGAUGAAACGAUGAUUUGAAGUUGAUCAAUAAUAAUGCAAGCAUAAACUACUACCCAUACUACUUAAUAUCAACUACUACUACUACCACUGAUGGAGCAGAAAACCAUAGCAGCAGUGUCUUGUUCGAGCUGCAAACAGUUGUCUUGUACGAAUCCACAAAAAAGGCAUCGCUGAGAGACAUUGCGGGAGGGUAGGUGUAAUCAACCACACAAACACGCAUUAUAAACGCAACGCGGUGACUUGCAUUUACACCACGAUCUUAGUCGUAGUAAAAGUUCGUAAAAGAGUACAGCAGAGGCAUCUCUUGAAGUCAAGGAAAUCGAUUUGCAAGGGAAUGAUGGCAAAUAACUACUCACGUCCUCCCUUUUUAAGCUGACCAAUACUUUUGCUUUGAACUCAGCGCUUUGCAAACUGUGUACUAGCUGGAUGUGUACUAACUCGAUACCAAGCGGCCGUGUCGCACUAUUUACUGAGCCUUCGGACCCGAAAUGGACCCGGUCUUGACCUGAGUGCCAAAGAUAACUGGAUUGAUGCUAUUCCACCAUCUCCCCGAAAAAAAAACAGAUAAAAAACACACCAGCCCCCCACCCCUUCCUUGUCCUUUCAUCGCUCCUAACGGGCUCCAGUUUUAGAACAACACAUGGCGCCAUCAUUCAUACUCCCCAUACCGCAUGUUCGCCAUUCUGUAUCCGUAUGUGUGCGUGUGUAUGCGAGUGUCUAUGUUGGAGAGGAUGGCUUUCGAUCAGUAAGCUAGCAAAACCUCAAAUGGUGCUUAUUGUUGUUGUACAAUCAGCAAAAUGCGCUGUAGAUUUUGUCUGUCUAGUGUGGUUAAGACGCCAAGGUAGAAUGCAAUACAUACAAGCAAAUUAUUAAAUGACCCGGAGUACCAAACCCCAAAUCGCUCCCACUGCUGCUAUCAAUGUCACCCGAAUGCUUUCACAGUACCAACUCACCUACACACAAAUACACUCUCAAGAAAUCACACACACACACACACACACACACUUCACUACACACACAUACACACACGGUUGCACACGUCACCAAAAUCUCACACAAAAAAAAAUUCACACACUUUUACUGCAAAACAAAUCACAUCCCAAAACACACCCAACACAUGCAUACGAAAUGUCAUUGUUGUUCUUUCGACGCAAAAGAAAAUGGUAUGAGUCUAAAAAACAUUAAUGCUGGAAGGUAAAUCCUUGAAAACUACACCUCGAAACUGUAUGUCUGUUUGUAAGUGUAACUCAAGAAACAGAAAACAAAAAAGGAAGUACUUGGAAUGUAAAAUGAAAAAAGUACUAGCAAUGUAGAAAUUACAGAGUUAAAGAAACAAAUCAACACAUGUGAAUCGAACAAAACAAAACCAUAAAACGCAUUAUCCAUCGCUAGCCAUUUCAUUGAGUCAAACAAAACUUAAGCAGAUGAACAAAAGGCGACAAACAAACAAAAUGGGCUGUUAAAAUUGUUACAUGAAAACUUAAAUUUUACAUCUAAAACAAAAGGAAAAGAAAAAACACACACAAAUUAGUUAACAAUUGGCAGAACGUUCGUGCGAUACGUCGGUAGAAUUCGGGCAAAAGAGUGAGUGAGUGAGUAAAAAACAGAAGAUGAUAAUGUGUUUAGAAAACAUCAUUGCAAACAGAAGAAGAAAAAAAGACAUUGAAAUCAUAAAGUAGUGUACAAUUAUUGCUAGAGCUUUUUACUGCGCUGCUUUCGGUCAAACUUAGCUGAAAUUAAAUCGUCUAGCACACGUAUCUGCUUGCCGUAGUACGGUACUACGUCCACACAAUUGGCUGUUUGUUUAGUGAACAUAUUUUUUUUAUCUAUAAACGAUCUAUCACGAUUGGGUGUAGAAGUUUUGCUAGCAAAAAAGGGGGGAAAACAUUUGCAUUUUAGUGCUAUUUUACUUUUUUUUGUCUUUCGGGGAGUGGUUGUGCUACAAACAAUGCUGUGUACAAAAGAAACCAGAUGCGUAGCAAAAGCGAUAUGAAGUAACCCGUUGCUGUAGCGUUGUACCCAUUCAAUCAGCAAAAAAGGAAAGAAAUAGUAAAAAGGUACACGGCGUAACGGCAAAAUCUCGACUGAUGAGUGAUAAGGAGAUGGUAGCGAUCGCCCGACGGGAAAUCGGAGCAGCAAUCGGUGUUGCUUGAACAAAAGUGAUUAUAUUCCUCAAACAGACAAAUUGAACCGCUCACCAUUUGGUACAGUGUGUUUGAGGCACUUUGUUACGCAAAUUGUUUAACCCUUUAGUGGAACCGUUUAACUUAGAUGUCUUCAGCUUCAGUGUUAAAGCGUGACGCCUUGGUACUUGGCCACGUUUAAGUAGCAUGGAUAGGAACGAGAGCUUCGCUUCUUAAGAACUGAGCAAAACGCGUGAUAGCAAAGCGGGCGAUAUGUUUCGAUUUAUUUGAAUUACUACGUCCUUGGGCUGGGUUCGGAAGGGGCAUCUUUGCAAUUCCUUCGCACCUAAACACUUCCCGCCACGCUGCACGGUAAUCGUGUCGUCCGAAUCGGAAAGAUAACACUAAUCUGCUAAACGAGCCCACGAAACCAGCACGACGAAUCAAUGGAAUGCUCGAACGUUAUUUCAUGCAUCGAUCAGACUGGAUUGACUUCGUUUUGAGGCUGCUUUGCAUCACUUUGAACCGAGCUGCGUCCACGCCAGUCGACAAUUGGCAAGCACUGCUCGCUUGCAGUUUAAACCAAACGUGACAACGCACUCUGCAAUGAAAGUCUUAUGAGACGAACGGAAAAUGUAAGGAAAUAAAGAAGAUUAUAUACAGUCCUAUAUAUACAUAUUUAAAAGCGAGCGAAAGAUAAAACAGAAAGCUUCAUAGAUGAAAAGUAUAGGAAAGAAGGCGAAGAGGUAAACUGUAGAAAGCAACAAAAGAAGAAUGCGAAAUGGAUGUGUGGAAAGCAGUGAAUGUAAAAGUACACAAACUAACUAGCAAACGCAAGCAGCACUUCGAUGACAGUGCUGUGUAAGCCCACAAUGAACAGUGAGGCAAACGCUUCUUACGAUGUACAUAAUCGUUGAUCAUUAUUUAUACCUACCUAUUAAUCACUGUACAACACAACAAAUCAAGUACGACAAAACCGAACACGAACGUGUGUGACAAGAAAGCGGAAAGAACGAUAGAGUAAUGUAGCAUGGUACAACCGUGCGCAAAAGCAGCAGCGCAAUCAGUGGCAAAUAAGAGAUAGCUAUUUUCAGACUUUGAAAACAGAAACUUAAAACACAAAACAUGAAAAGAAAAGUGUAAAAACCCAACAUCACCUCCAUACUAUAAUUAUAUACAGAAACAUAACAAGUCACACCGAAAAUCGGCAAACUGGUCUGUGGUAAGUAGUGUGUCGAAAACGGUAAACCCACAACAACAACAGCACACUCGUAAUCAACACAUAUUCAAACAAGAAGUGAACCUAAAACCACCCCUAUAUUUGUAGCAGUUUCUUUCAAACCUUCCUUUUCAAAAAAGAUCAAAAAAUCCCAACGGUUUAAACGUUUGCUACUGAUUGUUGGCGUUAAGGAUUGGGAAUGGUAGGCCAAAGGAUGAAAUGAAAAAUCCUAAAGUAAGAUGAAAGGGGCUUUGCUUUGCUAGUAAGAGAAGCAAUCAAUCUGGGCUAAGCAGAAGCAACGCAACCCUUCAUCAUCCUUAUCAUACGUGUGCGCAACCGUCUGGCUGUUUCCGUAUAAUCAUGCGUAUAACUAAUAUUACCCAAACGAAAGCAUCGUUCUUACUCAUACAAAGUGGCGCCAUUUCCGAGCCGUGGUGCUUUGAACCAACAGAGACAGUGUCGUAUGUCUUGUGUAUAAAACAACAUUCUAUGUAUAGAUCACAAAAAGGUCACUUAAAAUUGACAAACGAUAGCUAUCUCCAGAAAAGAAGGCUAGGCAGAACGAAAGAAAACUGAAUCAUUCAACAAAAACGCAUCAUACUCGUAACAAAACAUGGCAUUAAAACUAGUGAAAAGAAAAAACACACUCACACAAAACCACCUAGAAACCGAGCUGUCAUUGUUAAAUAUUCACGAAAAAAAAAAACUCAUUCAAAACAAAUAAAAAGAACAAACAAACGCUACGUAAAAGCUAAAGCAGACAAAAACGUAUUUAAAAAAAAACCUUUUACCGAACUGUGCGCGAAAGUGAAAAGGUGAACCGAAGAGUAAGACGAAGCGGAAAAAAACUGCAAGCACUCACUCACUAAACAUACACACACACAAACAUAUAUAGAUAUAUUGCAUAUACUCAUGUAAAACUAUUGAUAUUAUAA